AUGCCGCCAAAAAAGUCGGCGCUGCCGACAAAGGAGCGCACCCUAUUCACCCGCCUCAUCUCCGAGUACGAACACAAGAAGCACAAGCUCGGCAUCAAGACGGCAGACACCAUCCUCAAAAAGUUCCCAGAACAUGGAGAGACGCUCGCCAUGAAGGGCCUCAUCCUCGGCUCGCUCAACCGCCGCGACGAGGGCAUCGAGCUCGCAAAGAAGGGCGUCCGCCACGACCUCACCAGCUUCAUCUGCUGGCACGCCCUCGGCAUCCUCCACCGCAUGGACAAAAACUACCAAGAGGCCAUCAAGUGCUACUCGCAGGCGCUCCGCAUCGAGGGCGCCAACCUCAACCUCCUCCGCGAAUCCGCCUUUAUGCACCUCCAGCUCCGCAACUACCCGCCCCUAAUAGACGCCCGCCUCACCAUCCUCCGCAUGCAGCCCCACCUCCGAAUGAACUGGGUCGGCCUCGCCGUCGCACACCACCUCGCAGGCAGCCUCGACCAGGCCGAGCGGGUCCUAGCAUCCUACGAAAACGUCAUGCGCGACGUGCCAGACCGCAACUACGAGCACUCCGAGGUGCUCCUCUACCACGCCUCGAUCCUCGAAGAGAAGCGCGACUUCCAACGGGCCGCAGAGCUGCUCGACGCCAACGCCCGCCAGAUCGUCGACCAGCGGGCGCGGGUCGAGGCGCUGGCGCGGUGCUACCAGCACACCGGUCGCAAGGACGAGGCCGAGGCCAUCUGGAGGGACCUCAUCGCCAAGAACAGCGAGAACCAGAGGUACUUUGCCGGCCUGCUCAGCGCGCGCGGCAUCGACAUCGUCCAGACGUCGGACGAGAUGCGCGCCCAGGCCCUGGCCCUCCUGGCCGAGCUGCAGCAGGCCCACCCCAAGUCGACCGCCGCCAAGCGCCUGUCGCUCGUCUUUGCCGUCGGCGACGACUUUGCCGCCCAGGCGACGGCCUACGCCCGCGCCGCGCUCAUCAAGGGCGUGCCCUCGCUCUUUUCGGACCUCAAGUCCCUCUACCGCAACCCGGCCAAGCAGCAGGCGCUCGAGGCCGCCGUCGAGGGCCUCCGCCUCGAGUGGGCGCCCAAGGCCGGCGAGACUGAGAGCGACCCGCCGUCGUCGUACCUGUGGUCGCUGUACUACCUCGCCCAGCACUAUUCGUUCAUCGGCCAAGCGCAGCGUGCCCUCGCCUACAUCGACUCGGCCAUCGCCCACUCGGCGACGCUGCCGGAGCUCCACAUGGUGCGCGCGCGCGUCCUCAAGCGCGGCGGCGACCUCGAGGCGGCCGCCGAUGCCAUGGUCGAUGCCCGCCUGCUCGACGGCCAGGACCGCUUCCUCAACUCCAAGGCGGCAAAGUACCUGCUGCGCAAGGGCGACGUCGACGAGGCGGUCAAGACCGUUGGCCUGUUUACCAAGGCCGACGCGCCCGACCCCGUGUUCGACCUCAACGAGAUGCAGGCGCUGUGGUACCUGUCCGAGGAGGCCGACGCCCACCUCCGCAACCGCGACCUCGGCAUGGCGCUCAAGCGCCUCCACCAGGUCGACCGCACCUUCCAGGAGAUCUACGACGACCAGCUCGACUUCCACAGCUACUGCCUGCGCAAGAUGACGAUGCGCAGCUACGUCGACACGGUGCGCUUCGAGGACAACCUGCGCUCGCACCCGGCCUACUUCCGGUCGGCGCUGGCCGCCGUCGAUCUCUACCUGCCGGCCGUGCCCGAGGACAAGGACCCGCGGGGCGAGCAGCUGCUGCGUACGGCGACGCCGCUCGUCGAGGCGGCGCGCUUCGUCCAGACGCUCCAGGAGCGCGCGCCUCGGCGCGUCGAGACGUGGUUGGCCACGUUUGAGGUGGCCAUCCGCCAGCCGGGCACGCACCUCCUCCUUGCGGCGCGGGCGCUGACGCACGCGCACAAGCUCGAGCCUGAGCAUCCUGAGCUUGUCGAGAAGCUGAUUCGGUUCAAGCAGGUCCUCGCGUCUUCGGGUGCGCAGCAGCAGCAGCAUCGGAACGUCAUUGACAGGGCGCUGGGAAGCAUCGUGCCGGCCGACAAGCCGUGCGAGGCCAUUUAUACCGAGUUCCUACAGCGACACUCGGAUCAGGGCCGCUACCUGCUCGGUGCGGCUAAGGCUGUCGUUGCGCUGCGUGGCCGCGAGGAGGGGAAGGAGGAGGCAAAGAACCUGGUCCUCUCCCUCGUCCGAUCGGAGGUCAAGAGCGAUCUUGCGACGCUCCUCCGCGCCCGCACCUUCCUCACCACCGCGCUCUCUCUUGGACCUGGUGCAGAAGACCUGGAGAGGUUCGAUGCGGAGGCGCAGCACAAGUUCCCACUGGCUAGCACGUUCAAGUCGGCCGUGGCGGUCGAGGAGGAGAGGAAACGACGGGCGGAUGCGCGUAUCUCCUGGACGCGCGGAGAGGGUGGUGAGGAGGAGGGAGAGGGUGCGGCGUUGCUUUGA